GUGCUUUUUAUAAAAUUAAAAUGUUUGUAAACAAAGUGAACAGUGUUAUUUCUAAUUGAGUGCACUGAUUAAGCUCCAUGCAUCCAAUUCCAAGCAACAUAAACGACAUUGAUCGUUUGAAAGAAGACGUGGAUUUAUCUUCCUCCGACAACCAAACCAAGGUCGAAGAAAGCAACGCCAAUCAACAUAAUGACUCCGGCUUUUUAUCCGGCAAUUUAGUAUCAUCUGAUGAUAUUUGUGAUUCUUCUAUCGAACAAUCCAACCAGAUGAGACUGGACAGUGGGAUAAUUGAUGACAUCAGGCUUGGGGAGACCUUUUCGAAUUUGAGUCUGAAGGGUGCUAGUACAGAUUUAAAUGAUUUUGACAAAUUGAAAUGCAGGGAUUCCGAAACUAAAUCAUCAGUUCAGGAACCUUCUGUCAUUGUGACAGAUGAGGAAAAAGCACCCUGGGAGAUAUACUAUCAACAGGAUGAAGAUGGCAACACGCAAUUGCAUUUGUCAAUAUUGGCACGAAUGACAGAGGCCUGCAAAGCAGUGAUUGCAAUGGCUCCUCAUCCCUGUUUACUGGAUAUUAGAAAUGAUAGUGUCAGGGCUCCAUUACAUUACGCAAUAAUCUUCAGGCAAGCUGAAAUCGUCAGGUUGCUCCUGAUCGCUGGAGCGGAUGUGACAGUACAAGACAGAUACGGAAAUACACCAUUACAUCUGGCUACACGUUUGGGGUAUAUGGAUUGCGUGCAAGCCAUAACAUCACCAAUCCAGGAAACAGAAUGGGAGCAAGCUCAACAGCUUUUCUUUGAAAGUGGACACCGUCAUCCAGACACUUGCCCGCCAAAAUGCCCGCUUUUGCCGCCAGAUUUCGAACAAUGGAACUACGACGGCGAAGUCUGUAUACAUAUGGCUGCUAAGGAUAGGCAUUUUGAUAUCAUUCGUCACCUGGUUUGGUAUGGAGCUGACAUUAAUGCAAGGGAAGGAAAAUCUGGAUGUACGAUUCUCCAUCAAGCAGUAAAAAAUAAUGAUAGACCAUUUGUAGCUUUCUUAUUAAACGAAUGCCCUAAAUUAGAGCUUGAGACUGAAACAUAUGCAGGAAGAACAGCCUACCAGCUUGCUACAGAUAAGGAAAUUAUGUCAAUGUUAGAAAGCAAAGGAGCUAUACCACUAGAACAUUCAGAUGAUGAAUUUUCAGAUUCAGAUGACCAGGAGAUGUCGAGUAGUAGUACACAGAAAUUAUACAACAACCAUAAUUUUCAAACAAAUGCAAUCAACGUAGCAUAAUUUCGAUCCUUAAGAAUUUAGGAAAUAAAUAUAAAAUUACAUAUUAUAAUUUAUAAGAUUUAAGAGAAACUGUACAAAAUUGGAGUAUACAGAAUAUAUAUGUCGAUAUAUAUUCAAAUAUCUCCAGUAAUAAUAAGACAUAGACUGAUAAUAAAAAUAUUGUGAAUAUUGAAAA